UUUCAAUUGCAAUCACAACGAAAGCCUUUCCCUUUCUUCAAUUUUUUCCAUUUCUGAUUAUAUUAAUAUUUCUGAGGAGUGGUGAUAUGCAGCAUAGCAGAAGCCUCUUUCUUUCUCUCUUUCUUUCCUUGCUAUUGCCUAUUUAACAUUCCAACCACACCCACUUCUUUCUUCCAAUCCACCUCACCAGAUGUGCCACGACGACGACUGGGUCAACCUCGCCGUCGCCGACGAUUCCCUCGUCGUCAACCUUCUCCUCCGCCUCCACCACACUCCUCCUCCUCUUCCGCCGCCGCCGCUCUCUCUUCACCUCCACUGGACAGUGCGUCAGCGCCGCUCGAGAUCCGUCCGCAGACACGCCGCCGCCGCGUCUCACAAAAAACAGGACUCCACCAGAGCCAGCCCCACCACGCCGCUCUCCUGGAGCGGCGCCACGUCAGCAAGCGGCGGCAACCUGGACGGCUACGAGGAGUCCAGCCGCCCAACCAGUCUACCUCAAACCUCAAGAUCUAAGGUUUCUAAUCCCAGUGAAACAGCCACUACCAGAAAGUCAAGAAGAAAAAAGACCUUAGCUGAACUAAAAGAUGAGGAGGAUUUGUUGUUGAAGGAAAGAAGAAGUUUGAAAAAAGAACUGGCGUCCUUGCGUCUCACUGUUGAGAAACAUAGAACCACAAAUGAAAGCUUAAAGAGAAUGAAGCUUGAUUUUGUGUCACGGCAAAACUCUAGUGCUGCUGCUGCGGCCUCUGAGGUGUGUGGGAAAGCUGUCAGUGACCCGUCUCAGUUUGCAACGUCAGAGUGUCAUUCAUCUAAUUCAGUCUCCCGAAACACUGCCACACAUGACGUUUCACCUGUUUGUGCAGCAAAUGCUUCUCCCAAAGCACAAGAGAAUGGUAACCAAGAAUCUACAUUCGUGCUUCCUGAUCUAAAUUUGCCCGUUGAUGAGAGUUUCAGCGCCGAUGCCAUGCAUUGAAUUAGCUUACCUAAUAAAAGGAUAAAAUCCCGAGUGAUAUUCAUUCAGCAUACGGACAAGUUUGUCCGACAUCAUCUUCCAACUAUGCCUAAUAGUGAUAGUACAAGGAAUAGCAUGCCAGUUCUGACAGAUUAAGUUUUGCUAAUGUAAUUGUAGAUGUUAAACCAUUCACAUUUCCUACUUGGUCAAAACUGAUUGAUGUGGAAAUUGUUUUUUUCUUUUCAUUUCCUAACAGAUGAGGUGUAGUUCCAUUUUUUUCCCUUCACAGGUUUCUACAUUGUCCAAAAUUCUGUGGCAACCGUCGAGCGUCCUUUAUUAUAGAUAUAUUUCCUCAUUAAUGUAAUUACCUGUUCUACAUAGAUAAUUCAAGAAUUUUGGUUCUUGUGCU